AUGGCUGACAAACCGACUCCCAGCCAGCAGCAGCCUUCCACCACUUUCGACAAAGACAAGCCUACAACAACUCAAUCUUCUUCCAUUCCUUUGUCUACUUUUGCUUCGUCUUCUUCUUCCUCUUAUUCUUCAAUCUUCUCACCCUUUCAUCGACAAUUCACCAAUUCUUCCAUGGCAUCACACUCACCAUCCGCCGACAAGGAGCGCACGUCAAUGGCUCCACCUCCACCUCCAAUGGAGCCCAAGAAGCUCAACAUCACAAGCCUAAUGUCACCACCCGACGCCGUGCUCGACAGUUUCCAUCAUGGCAAUUCCACACUGAACAAGUCGGGCGGUGCCAAUGGCAAACAAUCGUCUUCGCACCAGCCGCUGCCCAUGUCACCGCCAAUUUCACCAUACAGCAAACCCAUCUCGACGACUAGCGCAGUGCCUGCUACUCCGCCAAGCCAGACCAUCAAAGACCCUGUCUUGUACCCUGCCGACGAGCACUCGCCAGCCAGUCCUCCUCAGCCACCAUUGUUUGCUCCCGCCGAGCUUGAACACCAGCGCAUUGUUGACGAACAUGUUAGAGCACGGUCGCAGAGCAUUUUCGGAGGCGUCGCACCACCCAGGAGAGAAGAUUACGAGCUGGCCCUCACUUUUCGAUCGCAGGUGAUGAAGCACUUCACUACCAACCGCAAAGCAUGGCUCCGCAAAGAACGCGCCCUACUUGAGGCUGAUAGACGGGCAGGUGCUCAGAGAUAUCAUGCCAUUAUGCCAGCCAAACCCAUUGCCGCCAAACCUCCCCGGUCCCAGCGUACUGAUCGAAUCUCCAAGCCUCAUGCUACUCCAAGACCGAUCCGCACCAACGCCACUGCAGUAGGAACCACCCCAGCACCGAGACCAGUGGGCCGCACUAGCGCAACUCCCGAACCAUCUCGUCGGGUCGUUGCUCCCAAUCGUGAGGAUAAAGACUUCAAUUCGCUACCCGACUACUGUCCUCCUUUGGACACGCUACCCCCGCGUUCCAACAGCCUCAAAGUGGAUUGGAAGGGCCAGCCAAUUGAUCUCAGUGGCGAUCCUCACGCUGGUCUACUCCAUCCUGAUGAGCUUCUCUUGGCAGGAAACCUGCGACUUGAUUGCGCCACAUACCUCACGAGUAAACGACGCAUCUUUGAACGCCGCCUCCAAUGCCUCCGCACAGGAAAGGAAUUCCGUAAAACGGAUGCUCAGCAGGCCUGCAAGAUUGAUGUCAACAAAGCUUCGAAGCUGUGGACUGCAUUCGAUAAGGUUGGCUGGCUUGGAGCACACUGGGUUCGCCGAUUCCUUUAA